AUGGAAAGCAGUGAGCAGCGGGGGGAGGAUGAGCGCAAUCCUGACCCCCAGCCCUCUCUUGGUGCCCCCAGCCUCAUGGUCACGCUCUCACUCUGCUCCGAGACCACCCCUAUGGCGGUGGUUCAUUUGCAUAAAUCACCAUAUUCCCGCCCCAUCUCCCCGCCCACGCGCGCUGACACCGCCCCUUCUCCCGCGCCACGACGUCACGCGGAAGCAGCAAAGCCCCGCCCCCUCAUUUGCAUGGCAUUCGCGCGCGGCGACACCGGGAGCGGCGGCGCUGGGAUGGGGCGGAGCGGCGCGGCGCUGCGCCUGGCGCUGGAGGGCAACAUCGCCGUGGGCAAAUCGACGUUCCUGCGGCUGCUGGGCCGCGCCUUCCCCGCCUGGCAGCGGGCGGCAGAGCCGGUGGCGCGCUGGCGGGAGGUGGCGGCGGGCGCGGCGGAGGGCGGAAAUCUCCUGCAGCGGCUGUACCGCGACCCGGCGCGCUGGGCCUUCACCUUCCAGACCUUCUCAUGCCUGGGCCGCCUGCAGGCGCAGCUCGAGCGGCCGGAGGGCCCCGUGCGGGUCUCUGAGCGCUCCGUGUACAGCGACAGGUACGUGUUCGCCAAGAGCCUGUUCGAGGGCGGGCAGCUGGACGCUCUGGAGUGGGCCGUCUACCAGGAGUGGCACACGUUCCUCGUGGGGCAGCUGGGCGCGCACACCGCCCCGCACGCAUUCCUCUAUCUCCGCGCCUCCCCGCAGAGAUGCCUGGAGCGGCUGCGGUGCCGGGCGAGGCCGGAGGAGCGCGACGUGACCCUGCGGUACCUGCAGCAGCUCCACGCGCAGCACGAGCGGUGGCUGCUGGAGCGCAGCACUGAGGUGCAUUUCGCAGAGGUGAGGCACGUCCCCGUCCUGGUGCUGGACGUUGAAGGGGACUUUGAGCACGACGCAGCUGCGCAGGACGCGCUGAUGGCACGGGUGGAGGAUUUCGUGAAGGCGCUGCGAGACCGAGCUCCACCACAACACCCCGAGGCCAAAUGAGCCCCAUGGCCACGAGGAUGGGCACACAAGGAUGGGCACACGAGGAUGGGCACACGGCUGGCACUGCUGCUGGGUCCUGAGCUGCACUCCCUGCAGCAGCACUGUGCGUAUCCACGAGGCCGCUGGGAGCUGCAGCCCUACACGUGCCACAGAUCCCCCCCACAUCUGUUCUGCAGCACAGGGUGAACAUGCUUGGGUCCAUUCCAAUGGAAAACAGAGAAAAAAAAAAAAAAAACAAAGCAAAAAUCUCUGCUUUUAUUUGUGUUUAGGGUACAACAAAAUCCAGAUGCUUU